UUUAGGCGGGAAUCAACGAGAGUUAGUUUAUGUUUGUUUUAAUUUAUAAAAAAAAUUGUGUUGAUAUAAUAAGCAAAGAUACUGUAUUUUUAUUUAUAUCUUUUAAACAAUGGCACCGAAAAAAGCAUCGAGAGAUUAUAUUAAAGAUAAAGAACAACUCAAGACAUUUUUAACAGAAUUCAUGGUUAUGGAUGAUAAAACUGGUGACAAAACAUUCAAGUAUAGACAACAGCUUACUAAACUUGCUCAUCGUGAACAAAUAGCUCUUAUUAUCGAAUUAGAUGACAUACAAGAGUUUGAUGAUGAAUUGGCUGCAGCUAUUGCUAAUAAUACUAGAAGAUACAUUAACUUGUUGUUAGAGCUUGUGCAAGAAAUCUUACCAGAGUUUAAAGAGAAACCUGUACCUCCUAAAGAUGCAUUGGACGUAUACAUUGAACAUCGAUUAUUAAUGGAAGCACGUAAUAGACAUCCCGGUGAUCAAAGAGAUCCUAGAAACAAAUAUGCUCCAGAACUUAUGCGACGUUUUGAAAUAUAUAUCAAAGAUUUCAGUGAUGCAAAAGCAUUUUCUGUUAGAGAAAUAAAAGCAGAAAAGAUAGGAAAAUUGGUUACUGUUAGAGGCAUUGUAACUAGAUCCACCGAAGUAAAGCCCAUGAUGGUUGUUGCUACUUAUACAUGCGACCAAUGUGGCGCAGAAACAUAUCAACCGGUACAAUCACUUACUUUUAUGCCAUUAAGAACAUGUCCCAGUGAUGAUUGUCGUGUUAAUAAGGCAGGUGGCAGAUUGUAUAUACAAACAAAAGGAUCAAAAUUUAUUAAAUUUCAAGAACUUAAGCUCCAAGAACAUAGCGAUCAAGUUCCAGUUGGUCAUAUUCCUAGAUCAGUAACGAUUUUUUGCAGAGGAGAAACUACACGACAAUGCUUACCAGGAGAUCAUGUAACCAUUACCGGAAUCUUUUUACCUUUAAUGAAAACUGGUUUUAACCCAAGAGGUGGCUCUGCACUUUUAAGCGAUACUUAUUUGGAUGCACAUAGGAUCGUUUGUUGCACAAAUUCACAAAUCGUAGAUGACAGUAGUGCACAAUUAACGGAGGAAGAAUUAGCCUUAUUAUCGCAAGAUGAUUUUUAUAGUAAGUUGGCAAUAUCAUUGGCACCAGAAAUUUAUGGAUUGGAAGACGUUAAGAAAGCAUUAUUGUUACUUCUCGUUGGUGGUACGGAUAAGAAGAAGGGUGACAUCAAGAUCAGAGGAAAUAUAAAUGUUUGUUUGAUGGGUGAUCCAGGUGUUGCUAAAUCUCAAUUACUUUCAUUCAUAACGCGUUUAGCACCAAGAUCGCAAUAUACUACAGGAAGAGGAUCCUCCGGUGUUGGUUUAACUGCAGCCGUAAUGAAAGAUCCUUUGACCGGACAAAUGAUACUCGAGGGUGGAGCAUUGGUAUUAGCCGAUCAAGGAGUUUGUUGCAUAGACGAAUUUGAUAAAAUGGCAGAUGCGGAUAGAACCGCUAUACACGAAGUAAUGGAACAACAAACUAUAUCGAUCGCCAAAGCCGGAAUCAUGACGCGUUUAAACGCUAGAGUUUCUAUUUUAGCAGCGGCUAAUCCCGCUUAUGGAAGAUAUAAUCCUAAAAGAACGAUCGAACAAAAUAUUCAGCUUCCGGCUGCUUUAUUAUCGAGAUUCGAUUUAUUGUGGCUCAUUCAGGAUCGUGCGGAUAGAAGUAACGAUUUGAAGAUGGCACAGCAUAUAACAUAUGUUCAUCAACAUUGUUCUCAACCACCUACCGAAACUGAAGCAUUGGAUAUGAAUUUAAUACGCAAAUAUAUUAAUUUAUGUAAAAUAAAAGAACCUUCCAUUCCGGAAGAUUUAUCGGAAUAUAUCGUCGAUUCUUAUGUGGAAAUGAGAAGAGAAUCGCGUAAUAGUGCCGAUAAAACUUUCACGUCUGCUCGUAAUUUAUUGGGAGUUCUAAGAUUGGCAACGGCAUUGGCGCGUCUCAGAUUAGCGAACGUUGUCGAAAAAGAAGACGUUGCCGAGGCAAAUAGAUUAGUCGAAAUGUCAAAGCAUUCAAUCAAUUAUUCAGAAGCCAAACCGAGUAAUGCUCAAAGAAAUCCUAUUGACAGAAUUUAUUACCUUAUUUUGGAAUUAGCCAGUGGUAAUAAAACGGUGAAAGUGUCGGACAUAUUGGAACGAUGUACGAGUAAAGGAUUUAAACCUGAUCAAGUGGACGAAUGUAUAGAAGAAUACGAGAGAUUAGAUGUUUGGCAAGUGAAUCAAACGAGAAGACAGAUAACGUUCAUUCAAAAAGAUUAAUUCGAUACGUAUAUAUAUAUACACACACACAUACACACACAGAAACACAUCCUUUAUCCUAUCCUAUGUCAAAUCAUAUCAUAUAAUAUCAUGUCGGAUUUUACGUAUAUAACAGAUUGUUAUCCUUUGUUUAUAAACAUAUUGAUUGUAACGUAAAAAAGAAAUAAAUUUUGUAUUAUUUUAA